GGCCCACGCGAAGUGCAUAAGCACAGGGCUGGCCCGGCCCGCGCUAGACCUCAAGUCCUCAAGGCAGGCGCAUAGUUCUGUUUCAACCUCACAGCGUCGUGACGUCGUCCUCUGCUUCGCAAGCGCCCGAGCCGCGCGCCGCCGAACCCGCCGCCUCCUCCAGCCUCCGGGCACAUCGGAGCACGCCAGCCAAUCGCACCCCGACACGGCGGCACCGGAGGAACCCCUCCUUCUUGGUCGUAGCCUCCGUGGCCUCCCUCCCCUCACCCCUUCCGGUGUUGGAUUGAGGGUGGAGCGGAGAUCCGCCACGGCUUGAUUGAUCCCUGGCUCGUCCUCCUACGCAGGAUCGAUACACCAUAUAAUUUGGGAUUCUAAGGUCCCGGUGCAGCUUCUUCUCGCAGAAGUUUACGCCCUAUGCCCCUCGCUAAGCCCACCCCUGUGAUUCCGCCGUGACGCGUCAUCCACGGGAGAAACGCCAUGAUGUCGAGGUUUGCCCACUUGGGGAAGAGCAGAAAACUUGCUGAAACCCUUUUGGUUGCCUCAAAGCCCAAUACUGCUGGUGGCCAAAACAUUGCUUCAAGCUUUGCAUUCGGCUUGGGUUAUUCCAGCAGGGCCUUUUUGCACGGGAAGGUUCAUAAUGGUCCAAACACCUCCUACAUGCUGGGAAGAGCAAAUGAUAGCUUACAUUGGAGCACUGGUGUGAGGAAAUUCUCAAUUCUUUCAUCUUGUAGCCAGAAUGCAUUUCAGAGUCAGCUUGCUUGGAAGCGACUUGUAGCACUGGGUUCUCGUGCACCAAAAGCAUCUCCAAUUUUUAGUAAGGUUGCUUGUGCCAUUGGCUUGGCUGUGAGUAGGUCUAAUAUAGCCCCUUACCUUGUCGCUUUUAUUGCGGGAGAGGUAAUGCUAGCUCAGAAGACAUCUGCAGAUGGAGAAUACUACCCAAUACGUGAGAGAGCUCAGGAUGGCCGUAUUUACGUUACCUCUCUAAUAUAUUCGGCAGUAGAAUUGGUUAUUAUAAUCUUCAGAUCAAUAUAUUUGGCAUUGCUGUUCACUCCAAGUAUACUGAUGGCCCCAUUUGCAGAGACUCUUGGCAGUAAGUAUAGGAAAACAUGGCUUCGACUUGUCCAUCGUACUUUGGAGCUUGCAGGUCCUGCGUUUAUCAAAUGGGGCCAAUGGGCUGCAACACGCCCUGAUCUGUUUCCAAGUGACCUUUGUACUGAAUUGUCAAAGCUGCACACAAAAGCACCAGCUCACAGCUUUACCUAUACUAAGAAAACUGUUGAGAAAGCUUUUGGUCGAAAGCUAUCAGACAUUUUUGAAAAUUUUGAAGAGGACCCUGUUGCAUCUGGAAGUGUUGCUCAAGUGCAUCGGGCUGUUCUACGAUUCCGGUAUCCUAAUCGGCAGACAAAGCGUGUAACUGUUGCAGUAAAAGUAAGGCAUCCUGGUGUAGGGGACUCAAUAAGAAGAGAUUUCAAUAUCAUCAAUGCCGUAGCAAAAAUAUCUAGAUAUAUCCCCACGCUGAAUUGGUUGCGCCUAGAUGAGAGUGUACAACAGUUUGCUGUCUUCAUGAUGUCUCAAGUUGACCUUGCAAGGGAAGCUGCUCAUCUGAGCCGGUUUAUCUACAACUUCCGAAGGUGGAAGGAUGUAUCUUUCCCAAGACCUCUCUAUCCACUUGUUCAUCCUGCUGUUUUAGUUGAGACUUACGAGCAUGGGGAGAGUGUUUCACACUAUGUUGAUGACCUUGAAGGACAUGAUCGAAUUAAAAGUGCUCUGGCCCAUAUUGGUACUCACGCGCUCUUGAAAAUGCUACUGGUUGAUAAUUUCGUCCAUGCAGAUAUGCACCCAGGAAAUAUUUUAGUUCGUGUUGCACAACCAAAGAACUCAAAUAACACCCUUAAAAAGUCAAGGCCACAUGUAGUCUUCCUGGAUGUAGGAAUGACUGCUGAACUUUCAAGUAAUGACCGUGUGAAUUUACUUGAGUUCUUCAAGGCUGUUGCUCGCCGAGAUGGUCGUACAGCUGCAGAAAGUACUCUAAAGUUGUCAAAACAACAGAAUUGUCCAAAUCCAAAAGCUUUUAUUGAGGAAGUUGAACGAUCAUUCUCUUUUUGGGGCACUGCUGAAGGUGAUGCUAUCCACCCAGCUGAGUGUAUGCACCAACUGCUUGAGCAAGUUCGAUGUCAUAAAGUGAAUAUCGAUGGCAAUGUUUGUACUGUCAUGGUGACUACAUUAGUUCUUGAGGGCUGGCAACGUAAGUUGGAUCCAGAUUAUAAUGUUAUGAAGACUCUGCAAACUUUACUUUUUAAGGAAGAUUGGGCGAAGUCUCUUCAAUACACUAUCCAAGGGCUCAUGGCGCCUUAGGGUCGUCCGCAAUCCUUUCUAAAGUUUUGAUCUGGUUUGUGUUCGACUGGAGGAUCCUCUUCUCUCACCAUCACGUCUGGCUUCUUUUCUACGUUAUUUCACGUUUCGUUUCUCUGUACCUGUCCUGGCGUUGUGCUGCUAAAGCAGCCUUGAUGAUAAAGUAAUAACUGCAGUAAAAAUUUUCAGAAGCUACCAGAGUACUAUGCUGCUCAGCUCUGGGCUGUCUUCUUAUAUGUUCUUGAUGAAGGGCCAAAGAAUUAGGUCCUUUUCCCCCCCCUCCUACCAACACUUUUGACAAUAGCUCUUAGAUGAUGUAGCAAAAGGCGUUCUGUUCUGAUGAUCUUUUUUGUAACUGGAGAGAUUGUAUCCGUGGACUGGAGAGUUGCUUAUGUACAGACAGAGAUACUGUUAAUCUCGAAGGAAUCCACUUGUCAACUGACAAUUAUUCCCAGGAAAAGGCUCCCAGUUUUUUCUUGUUUUA